AUGGACGGCGACGAGCUUAUUGCUUCGGUCUAUCACAAGAUCGAGCGGGAGAAGGCCCUCAUCGCCGCCGCAUCUAACAUGCGGCAGUCGACAGACAACCCCCUCGUUCAGCAACGUGUCGACGCCAACAUUCGUGAUGGCCGCAAAAAUAUCGCUUAUCUUGAAGAGAAAAUGCAAGAGCUGCAACUUCGUCGUAUGGGACAGGAUGGUGGCGGUUCUCCCAGUGACCGUCGCGCGCAGGGUUCGGGACCCCCGCCACCACCAAAGGACCACGAAGGGGAUGCAGGAUAUCCUCAAGGAGGAAGCGGGUCGAUGCCAUCGGGCGCUCCAUAUGCUGACCCUCGUCCUUACGCUCCGAUUCCCAAACCGCGUCCCAAUUACACAAAACUCGGAUAUGUCUCAGAUCUUAUCAAGUAUGACACCCAUUAUCUCGGUCCGAAGAUCCAGCUCAUGCUUUCCCAGCUCGAAUUCAAGCUGAGCGUGGAAAAACAAUACAAAGCGGGUAUUGAGAAGAUGGUUCGCCUGUAUCAAGACGAGGGCGACCGAAAGAGUCGUGCGGAUGCCGAAGGCCGUCGCGUGGAGAGCAAUCAGAAGAUUCAGCUAUUAAAACAAGCUUUGAAGCGAUAUGAGGAUCUUCAUGUUGAUAUCGAGUCCGCCGAUGCUGCAGAUGAUGAGAGCCUGAGCAGCCCCAAUAUGCGCAAGCCGUUGACCGGUCUUUUAACCAUGCGAAUCCAUGCUGUUGAGGAUGUGGAUCAUGCCAACAGCUCACGAUUCUCUCGUGGCCCCGAGACUUUUAUCAUUGUGAAGGUGGAGGACGCAAUCAAAGCACGGACAAAGGCCAGUCGAAAUGACAAGUGGCUGGACGAAGCGUUCUCCAUUGAUAUUGAUAAAGCGAACGAGAUCGAAUUGACAGUUUACGAUAAAGCGGGAGAACGUCCUACACCUAUUGGUAUGCUCUGGGUGCGCAUUUCUGAUAUUGCAGAGGAGAUGCGUCGCAAGAAGAUUGAGACUGAACUCAAUGCAUCCGGAUGGGUAUCUGCAGACAAAAUGAACAAUUCAGGAGCUCCGCGUCCUGAUAAUCACCCUGGCUCCCAGCCGGGCUCUUCUGGUGGGUUUGGAGACUCGUCUGCGCCCAUGGGGCAGCAGGGUGAUAUGGGAAAUGCGCCACCAGCGGUCAUGAUCGAUUCAUGGUUUGCAUUGGAACCGUUUGGUCGUAUUCACCUCUCCAUGAGCUUUGCCAAACAACUCAAGGACCGCCGUCCCUUCGACAUCGGUCUCAACCGCCAGGGUGCCGUGCGUCAAAAGAAGGAGGAGGUCCACGAGAAGCAAGGUCACAAGUUCGUUACCCAGCAAUUCUACAAUAUCAUGCGCUGUGCGCUGUGUGGAGAGUUCCUCAAGUAUGCUGCGGGUAUGCAAUGUUCUGAUUGCAAGUACACUUGCCAUCGCAAAUGUUAUCCCAAGGUUGUCACCAAGUGUAUCAGCAAGGCAAACUACGAAACCGACCCCGAUGAGGAGAAGAUCAACCAUCGCAUUCCCCAUCGUUUCGACACCUUCUCCAACCUUUCUGCGAACUGGUGCUGCCACUGCGGAUAUCUCCUUCCAUUUGGGCGCAAAAGUGCAAAGAGAUGUACAGAAUGCGCCCUUACUUGUCAUGCACAAUGUACUCAUCUUGUUCCCGACUUCUGUGGCAUGUCGAUGGAGGCUGCAAAUCAAAUUCUGGAAACUUUGAUUCGCGCAAAGAAUCACAACAAAUCAACAUCUGUCAGUUCCGGCGUCCUCAAACCUACCCUCCGAUCAGGCGGUCCACCCCAGCCCUCUCAAGACAACGCCGCCCUUUCAUAUCCCCAGAAACCCAACGACCGGCCGUAUGGAGAACUUCCGAGACUACCAUCUUCAGAUGCGGUAGGUGCUGCGACUAACACCUAUGCCACCCCACAGUCACCGGGGGCUUCAUAUGCUGCCCAGCAGCGCCAACCUCCACCAAAAUCGCCUACAGCAAGCGAUGCACAACGCGCAGCAGCCGCAGCAGCUGCGGCUGCAGCUGGCGGUAAGGCGCCUCCUCGCCAACAGCAGACUCCAAGUAUGUCUCCAUUACCCGUCCAUCUUACCAGAUUUGAAGAAACUAAUGCCUUCGUUCUAGCGGAUAUGCGUUCGCCUGUGUCACCGCAACAACCACCACCUCCUCAGCAUGCUCCCUACGAUCCUGGGGCCUAUGCCAAGGUGAACCCACAAAUGCCAGCUCAGCCUCUGUCACCAAUGGCACAACCUGGAGCUCCACCUUCGUCCUAUGGAAUGCCGCCACCCCAGCAGCAACAGCAGCAGUGCUCUCGCAAGCCAUGCAAGAAGAGUUCCGCGGCUUCUCCUACACGGCCGACUUUGCUUGAUCUGGUAUGGCUGUUUGUCCUGGUGAUCAUCCCCCUCAUUUCGGCACCCGUCAACAUCUCGUCUUGGAUAUCAGUCUGGUAUUCUCGACCUGAUGCCGUCAAGCCUAAAUUUUCCUUUUGCGGCUCCGGCAUGCUUGAUUUCCUCGGUCUUCAAAAUGUGCUGCAUAUUGCAGUUAAGCUUAGUCGUAUAAACGUCGGCAACAAGCCGAUUCACUAA